UUUGCUCAAGUCACAAUGUCUCCUUUGAUUUUGAAUGAUGGUUGCCGAACGCCCAUUUUGUAGCUACCAUGAGGUGGAUGAAGAGCCGGUCACUCACACAAAGGAAAAUGGCAAGUGUUGUCCCUGCUGGCACGGAAGUGACACGUCAGGGUGUGUCCGACAGGAUUGGAAAAAGAGGACGUGUCAUGGUGGUGAAGCCGAUUGCUAGGGCAUACAUUCUAUCUGAGCAUAUGAUGUCCAACAUGGCUGUUGGUGACUGGCUUCUGCGCAAGAAGUGGCCUCCGGUCGUAGCACUUAUUAUUGCUCUGGGUCUACAUACAGCAGAUUUCUUUGGAGCCUUCUACAAUCUGUCUGUGGUUCCAGGAGAACACCAAACUCCAGUGCGGAUAUUUGAGCCGACGCUGGAAUCGUCAAUCAUGUCAGUGGUGUCCUUUCUGGCUUUUGGUGUGGCUUUGCUGAGCGUGCUCACACGAGUUCACAGUCAGUUGCUUUGGAUGACCCUGCGAACCUUCGACCCAUGGGCGAUAAUAGCUUGCUGUGCACGGGGCUGGGCGGCUAGGUCAUUUUCUCGAUAUCGGCUACGCGACUCGGGCGAUGAUGUGGCAAGUGUGCACGACUACUUUUCAUGGGGCAUCGAUCUAGUGAUCGUCCUUCAAUUCUCUUCCUUGCUGAUUUUGGCAGAAGCCGCCGACAUCCCCAAAGAUGUGAUGCGGAUUUGUGUGGCGAUAUGCCUGAUUUAUUGCAUCGUGCUAUCAGCUGGUCCACUGAUCUGGGAAAACAUGCCGGACUGGGAUGCGGAUGCGAAAGUUCAAUUACUUUUCUUCGCGAAUAUGGCACCCAAGAGUCAGUUUGUGAGCGCCUAUGGAACAAUGGCUGUACUUCUCACGAAGGCCGCCGUGAGCACUAUUGUCCAGAAGAAUGCCUUCAUGUAUCUUCGCUGUCAUUAUGAGUACUGCAUGGAUCAAUUGGAUGCUUCAUUUGCAAAGCUGGCGCAAAGUGAUCCAUCGGCGAUAUCUUAUUCAGAUUUUCGCCUUGCACUGCAAGAAAUGGGCAUCUCAGAGAGCCACAUUUUUGCCGGAUUCAACCUUCUAGAUAUCGAGCAGAGCGGCAAGGUGUCGCUUCAGAAUUUCCGGAAGUGCUUGAUGGACAUCUUUGCCGAAUAUCCAGAUGCCUCGCAUAUUGUGCUGCUGGGUAAGUUUUGCCAAGAAGCAUUCAAUCAAACCUCCGGCUACAGUUCUCUGGAUAGCAUGUUCGGUACAGUUUUCAGCCACUGGCGCCGCUUCAAGUUAGAAGAAUUUGGUGAAUGCAUAUACCAGUGCCUCACCCAAGAUCCUGCCUUGGCAUCUCUCUUCAGAAGAGAAAAAAUGCGCACCCAGGCACUUCUCUUUGCCGCUUUCGUUCAGGUGGCUUUGAGUUGGUUGGAAGAGAAAGACUUCAGAAAAGUGGAUAGAGAUAUGGCCUCCCUUGGAUUGCGCCACCGAUCCUAUGGAGUGGAACCCGAGUAUGUUUGCAUGUUUCAGAUCGCUCUUCUGCAAACGGUCAGUACGAUCCUGAACGGUCUAUCUCUUCAAGCCGAGAUUUCCUGGUCAGUUGUGUGGAGCCACUUUGUCGUGGCCCCAUUCCUGGCAGGUCUCGUCGAUUUGGACAGCGAACGGCCAGGUGUCUACCGCGCAGUGAAAGAUAUUCUUCUGCAAGCCAAGAAAGAACCACAAUUCGUGACAAUGCUAGUACGGAACCUCCACGGCAUCGUGGGGGGAUACUGUGAAUGGUCUCGCUUGUUUCGAGAUCCCGAGCAUGAAGUACAGCAUUUGGCUAUGCUUUUGGGUUUUCUGAUUCAGGUCGCUGAUGACCUGGAUGCAGGUCGUAUCCUGAAAGCUAAGCAGCGGAUGCGUGGAAUUGCGCAGAUUCACUGGGACCGUGGAGUUGUUCCGAGACACAUGCUGGCCUUCCAGCAUGCAAUGUCGCAUACCUUCAAGGAAGUUCUUGGUCCUGAUGUCUUUACACACUCCACGGAAUCCAGCUGGGCAGUCUUUAUGCAGACAGAGGUGUUGGAAGUCUUGCUGCUGGCGCCGUUCGCUGAGACCCAAGAUAGAGUCGAGGAAUGGGCCAGCCAGAUGGAUGGUCAGGAAGUUGAUGGAAAGGCCUGGAGGGCCUUAAUGAAACUGGCGUAUGUGGAUGAACCCUUGGCCGAAAAGGGCCUUCAAAGAGUCCACGCCGAGAAUGGAAAGUCCUCCUCAUUGACCGUGAACGAUGUCAUCAAGACCUUCUGCGACGAGAGCAUGCAGCAUCCUUCUUGGACAUUUGAGAAAGUCGUGGAGAACUACUGCAAAACACCACCGGCAGCCGAAUGCUUCUUAGAAUGAAGGGUUUCAGGAAUGGGCACGUAUUUACCAGCCUCGUGGCACGUUUCCAUUGCAGCAUAUGUAUUGAGAUGCGCACUUCCUAAAUUGGAAAGGUUGCGAAAUUCACUAAUUCAGUCAUGGCAGAUGAAGCCAGCGUAAUGCGUCGAGACAUUCAAAGGGGAGCAAUAAUGGUGAACCACAAUCAACCCCGUACUCUGUC